AUGAAUAAUGACACAUCAGGAUUUCUCCUUUUGGAAUUUUCAACAAUUUGGGAACGACACAUUAUGUACAUAACUUUCUUACUGCUAUUGUACAUAAUGACAGUAACAGGGAACCUUCUUAUCGUCACUGCUGUUAUUUCUGACCACCACCUUCACACCCCCAUGUACUUCUUCCUGAUGAAUUUAGCCAUGCAAGACAUUGGUUCUGUUUCAGACAUUAUUCCCAAAGCUGUUUUUAAUUCUCUUAUGAAUAUAAGGACUAUUUCUUAUUCUGGAUGUGUUGUGCAAGUCCUCUUGUUUUUCUUUUUCAUGAGUUGUGAUGUUUCCCUCCUUACUGUCAUGGCCUAUGAUCGGUAUGUUGCCAUUUGCAGUCCUUUACGAUAUGAAAUGGUAAUGAACAGGAAGGCUUGCACCAAAAUGAUUGGCAGCGUGUGGAGUGCCAGCUUUCUCAAUGCUGUAUUAAACACUGUUGGAACUUUUACUACUCAUUUCUGCUCUAAUGUGAUCAAUCAGUUUUAUUGUGAAACCCCACAGUUACUUAAGCUUGCCUGUUCAAAUUCAUAUGUAAUUGAAAUUGGAGGUAUAAUAUUUAGUACUACAUUAGCAUUUGGUUGUUUUGUCUUCAUCAUUGCUACAUAUGUGCAGAUCCUCUCUGCUGUUCUGAGAAUCCCUUCUGUUCAGGGCAGGAGAAAAGCCUUCUCCACUUGCCUACCACACCUCACGGUCUUCUCCAUACUUUUGUUUACUGGUUCCUUUGCUUAUCUAAGAGACAUGUCUGACAGCCCAUCCCACCUUGAUUUCAUAAUUACAAUAAUGUAUUCCAUUAUUCCACCCAUGAUGAAUCCAUUAAUCUACAGCAUGAGGAACAAGGACAUCAAAGUUGCUCUUUCAAGACUGUUUGGUCAGAGGUCAUUUUGUUUUGAAGAAAUGUGA